CUUCUUCUUCUUUGUUGAUUCACUUGCCCGUACCGUGAAGUGUCCUCCAUGGUGUCAUUGUAGGUUUCUCUAGGUUGAAUCUACAGAAAUAAGCAAUGUCUGGAUACACACCAGACGAGAAGCUCCGUUUAGAGCAGAUUUUAAAGCUCCGGAGACAGUGGCUGAAGGACCAGGAGCUCAGCCCGAGGGAGCCCGUUUUACAAGCUAAACCUCUGGGCCCCGUUGCCAAGUUCUGGGCUGGCUUUUUGGAGCCCAAGAGCCUGUGGAGACUUUACACCUACAAAGCAUACAGAGGUGGAGUCUUCACAUUAACACGACUGUUGAUACCUGCUUGGAUUGUUCACUACUGUGUGAAAUACCACAUUGCUCCAAAGCCAUAUGCCAUUGUGGAGCAAAAACCCAAACUGUUCCCUGGUGACACCAUUCUGGAGACUGGUGAAGUUGUUCCAGACCUCCCUGAGAUUCAUGGUCAUCACUGAAGUUGAAAUAUUUCAUUUUCUUGAGUCUUUGUUGUAAAAAGUGUGUAUAUGCCAAUAAAAUAUUACAAAGUCA